UAUCAAAUAUCAAGUUUUUCCACAAAAUUUAGCUGCCCAAAUUCCUUACCAAUGGAAUCAUCUAAAAUUCAACAAUCUCUAGAAGGCAAAACUAUUUUCAUUACGGGUGCCACUGGUUUCCUUGCAAAAAUUCUGGUGGAGAAAAUACUUCGGAUGAAACCAAACGUGAAAAAAUUAUACCUUCCACUAAGAGCUUCGGACACCAAAUCAGCCAAGAAACGUUUUUAUGAAGAGGCAAAACAUAUUAGGUUAUGCAGACUGAAUUGUUUAAGGUUCUAAGAGAAAAGAUAGGUGCAAAAAACCUAAACACGCUCGUAGAAGAGAAGGUAUUUCCAGUUGCUGGUGAUAUUUCAUUUGAGGAUUUUGGAAUUGAAAAUUCGGAGAUAAAAGAUGAAAUGUUCAAAGAAGUCGACAUAAUCAUAAACUCAGCUGCAACUACUAGAUUUGAUGAGAGUUGCAGAACAGUGGAUUCAUUUAUCUUGGGAUAUGGUAAAGGCAUAUUGAAUUUCUGCUUUGGUGACCCAAACACAAAAAUAGAUGCGAUUCCAGGUGAUAUGGUGGUGAACUCCAUACUAGCAGCAGUUAUAGCACAUGGAAAUCAAUAUUAUUCUUCUCAAGAAUCAAUAUAUCACAUUAGUUCUUUUGGAAAAAAUCCUCUAAAAUCUUGUGAUAUUCGAUUGUUCACGUUGUUGCGGAAAUCAAAUGUAUAUAGUAUGAAUGAGUCACAACACUAUACCAAAAAUUAUAACAGCCAUCAAAUAAUAAAUAAGACAAU